AUGGAAGAUAGCCAAGAGGAACCUCACCGCCGAAGUAUGUAUGAAGUAAGCAAAGAUAUUCGUGAAUCCAAGAAUGCUGUUUCACGAGUUCUAUAUAUUGGCAGAUUAAACGUAGAAGAUAGGCAUCAUAAAAUUGACAUUGGAGAAGACAUGAACAAGUGGGUUAAAGAAAGGCAGCCUGGAAUAUCUGGGCUUUGUAUUUCAACAGGAAAUUACUGUGUUCAUUUCAUUGAAGCUAGCAGUGAAUUGAUUUUUCAGCAUAUCCAAUGGGUGCAGCAAUUACUAAGAUUGGACACUCCUCCUUUCACUGGAGUUAAUGUUAUAGCAUUCACAGAGGAAAACCCUAAAAAGAUGUUUGGGUAUUGGUCAUCUAUUACUUUGCCUCCUACAAGCAGUGGAGAAGAAGAGCCUGCCCAAAUCAAUGUUGAAGAAAUGUGUUGGCAGUUAUACAAUAACAUGAAUACAGUAGGAACAAGGCUUUCAAUGGUGUUUGGAAAUGAUCAAACUCCAAGUACUAGUGGGCUGGCUGCAGCUAUAAAAUCUAAAUCAAAAGAACUUAUACCUCAUCAGGAAUUGCUUAAUAUUCUGAUGAGUGAUAAAUUCCCAUCAAUUGCUGAUUUUAUAGGGAUAUACAUAUUACCUCUUGACAUUGUUUUUGAUAAUGAACUGGUAUGGCCUUGCCCUCCUGAGCUUACAUUUUAA